GGCCUGUGAACCAGAAAAGACAUCAAAGGAAGCCUAAGAACCAGGGGAUUUCUGGCACAGAGGCUGGAACUUAGUGUUCUGAUGACACCAGGGAGGAGGAGAGCAGAAGGUAAAUGGCUCUUUCCUCCUCCUCAUCCAGCCCCCGCAGCCGAGGGGCUCCUCAAACCCAGGGGACAUGCCCUCCUCCCACACCAGUCUUUAUCCACCAACCUUUCUAGCCUCUUCUCUCACCUGUUGGCUGUCCUUGGCCUCAGGCAGGAGGACUCCGCCUCUGUCCUGCUGCCUUCCAGCUCCCGUCCCUCCUCAGCUGCGGUCAGGGAAGUGCUGCGGAGCCUGUCACUUCUGGACCCUCCGCAUUUUUACCAGAAGGACUAACCGGGCCAGUGUCAUCAGGAAGAGCCUCUUACCCAAGGACCAGUUGGACCUCUUAUUUUCAGGAAGAAUGGCACCACUUGUGGCCCAGCUCCUCUUCCUCCAGGUUGUUCUAGGGACAGCUUUGGUUGAAAACAUCAAGACUCAGCUUGCCAUCAAGAACUUCCGUACCUUACACGUUGACUAUCCCAAGGUUACCUACGCCAAAGGUUUCCAAGGUUACUGCAAUGGUCUGAUGUCCUAUGUUCGGGGCAGGCAAGAAAGCUGGUAUUGCCCAAAGACCCAUUAUGUCUUACAUGCCCCUUGGACAACCAUCUGGAAGUUCUGCAAGUACAGUGAGAGCUUCUGUGAGAAUUACAAUGAAUACUGCACGCUCACCCAGGACUCCGUCCCGCUCACAAUUUGCUCCCUGUACUACAGACAGCCGCCCACCAGCUGCCGCUACAACAGCACCCUGACCAACCAAAGGCUCUAUCUGCUCUGCUCUGAAAAGUAUGAUGGUGAGCCCAUAGAUAUCAUUGGCCUCUACUAGGAAGGGAGGCCUUUGGUCUGAAACCACCCCUGCAACUCCCCGCCCACGGCCGCUGCUGCACACUAGCCUGUCCCCACUCCCAAAGCUCAGAUUCCUGGUACAAGGCUUCCUCUCCGGCUUCACAGGCAGGCAGAGUCCCGUCCCAAGAGACCAGGGGGGCAGGAAGUAUGUCCAGACUUUUGGUCACCAUGCAAAGUUGUGCUGUCUUCUCGGCCUUUUCUGUGUUGCUUCCCUCCCCCCACCACCCCACCUCCAUUCUCGCUCUCCCACAGACCGUUUUACCCACCCAAGAAGCUGACUGUGUCCAGUUGGCAGCGACUGUCCAUCUACUGGGCCAGAUCCUGAAUCCUGGCCGGAGUCCCAGAGCCUCAGCUCACACCAUGGCACCGGUUCUGAGUCUCAAAUCCUCUCCCUGCCACCUUUCCCUUCUCGGUCUUCCCCAUCUCCCUCCACUCGUUCACCUGUACAGUGGCCAUCUCUAGCUGUAGGACCCUCCCUGAGAGUCUUGGACUCAUAUUAGCUUCAUUUCUCCAAGACAUCCCCCUCAGCUCUCAGUCUCUCCCCCACACUUCCAACCUCUUUAGUCCGCCUGUAUUCUUUCUCUGACCUCUUUUCCUUCCAUCCUUCUUGCCUUGGACCACUGGAGUUUUAAAUUAUCUUCUCUGACCUGUUCUCCCAGAGAUUCCUGCGUACUUUUCCUUCCCGAAGCUCCUUCUGAUAUCCCCCCAAAUCCAGGAUCUGCCUCUGACAAGGCAGGGAUGAAGUGGGCUCAGCUGUGGUCACAGAAGGUUUUAAAACCAUAUUUGAAUUAUGUAAGAUACAACCAUUGGAUAAAACUGGGAGAAGGGUACAUGGGAUCUCUGUACUUUUUUUUACAUCUGCCUGUGAGUCUAAUCAUUGCCAAAUAAAAAGAUAAAAAGCACAUCUGAAUUAGUUCUGAUUUCAUUACUUUUUCUGCAAUGCAUCAGAACUCCUACUCUCAGAGUCCUGGAGGUCACCCACCUCUGGCCAUCUUCCUGGGCCACCCUUUGGCGGUAGGGUCAGUAGGAUCUUCUGUUCCAUGUCUACCAUGAUGGAGGUGGGUGGGGUAAAACUCAGCUCUGGACUGGGUUGAAAAUGAAGUCUCCUUACCCUUGUUGUGUUGUGUGCUCAGUCAUA